UUUUAUGACGUUUAUUCGUUCGGUCAGUCAGUCGCCUGUCGCCAGGGUUCCGAUUUUUUUAUAAAACAAGCAAUCCCGUAAUUAAAUAAGGGCAUAAUCCCGUUUAAAUAAUGGGUUACACGUUUCUUAGAAUUGCUUCAUCUGCCUACAGGAAAGGAGGACCUGUUAUAAAUGUAACAAGAAACUAUGCCACAACUCAUGAAGCUGACUUAGUUGUGAUAGGUUCGGGCCCUGGCGGCUAUGUUGCGGCAAUUAAGGCAGCACAACUGGGUAUGAAGACAGUGUCAGUGGAGAAGGAUCCAACCCUAGGCGGAACUUGCCUUAACGUAGGAUGCAUUCCUUCCAAGGCGCUACUCCACAACACACACUUAUAUCAUCAAGCUAAACAUGAUUUCGCAAACAGAGGUAUUGAAACCGGCCCAGUCAACUUCAACUUUAAUAAAAUGAUGGAAUACAAAGUUAAUGCUGUUAAAGCUCUUACUGGAGGCAUUGGCAUGUUAUUCAAAAAGAAUAAGGUACAAUUAGUUCGUGGUGUAGGAACAAUUAUCGACCCUAAGAAGGUGCAAGUGAAAGGAGAAAAAGGCAUCGAAACAAUUAACACGAAAAACAUUCUUAUCGCCACUGGCUCUGAAGUGACACCCUUCCCAGGAGUUGCGUUUGAUGAAGAACAAAUCAUCACGUCUACUGGAGCUCUUUCACUUAAGGCUGUUCCCAAAAAAAUGCUGGUCAUUGGUGCAGGUGUUAUUGGUUUGGAACUUGGUUCUGUGUACCAGAGGUUAGGUGCCGAAGUCACUGCCAUUGAAUUCCUUGGCUCUAUUGGAGGUGUGGGUAUUGAUGGUGAAGUAGCCAAGACCUUACAUAAGAUUCUUUCGAAACAAGGAAUGAAUUUCAAAUUGAACACUAAAGUGACUUCAGUAAAGAAAGAGGGUGGCUCCGUCAAAGUUGAAGUCGAGCCAUCAAAGGGUGGCACCAAGGAAACUUUGACAUGCGACGUUGUGCUCAUUUCCAUUGGUCGCCGUCCUUACACCACUGAUCUUGGUCUUAAGAACGUCGGAAUUGCUCUCGACGACAAGGGCAGAGUUCCCGUUAACAAUAGGUUCCAGACUACAGUCCCUGGAAUAUACGCCAUUGGUGACUGCAUUCAUGGACCUAUGUUGGCCCACAAAGCUGAAGAUGAAGGAAUCGUGUGUGUUGAAGGAAUUAAGGGCAUGCCAGUUCACUUCAACUACGACGCGAUCCCGUCUGUAAUUUACACAACACCUGAAGUUGGUUGGGUCGGCAAAUCGGAGGAGGAUCUCAAGAAAGAGGGUAGGGCAUACAAAGUAGGCAAGUUCCCCUACUUGGCCAAUUCAAGAGCGAAAACUAACGGUGAACCCGACGGUUUCGUUAAAGUUUUGUCAGACAAAACGACAGACGUUAUCCUCGGUACCCACAUUAUUGGACCUGGUGGUGGCGAGCUGAUCAACGAGGCUGUUUUAGCACAAGAAUACGGAGCGGCGGCUGAAGAUGUCGCCAGAGUGUGCCAUGCGCAUCCCACAUGUGCGGAAGCUCUUCGUGAAGCAAACCUUGCAGCGUACUGUGGAAAACCCAUCAACUUCUAAUUGUAGGUCUAAUGUUAUCAAAGUGAACCCACUCAAGAACAAGCCGGGCUUUUAAGUUAGUUGUAUAAUAGAUUCGCUCUAAGCAAUCGUGUGUGAAUCUGAAUGUCAUUUGGAUACUGUUACAAGUAUGAUAUUGUCACUUUCCCAUUUGAUUCACUUAUCUCAGUUCAGUUUGUUUAAAGAACCAAGCCUAACGAAAUAUUACUUUUAUUUCUUAUACAAUUGGUGUACACGCCUUUACGG